ACAUGGGAAAAUGCAUUGAUCGUUUAAGUAUAUGUUAAUGCUGAUAGCUGAUGCCAAGAACUAGUGAUUUUUCUUAUGAGACUUGUGAUUUCUACUACAGUGUUUAUUAGGAGGAAAAUGAGUACUUUUGUCUCGGUAAUUAACCCUUCCACGGGAAAGAUAGACUGGAAGCUCCAAGAUGACCAGUAUGAUUACCAUCAAGAAAUCGCCAGGUCAGGAUAUGCAGACAUGCUUCAUGACACAGAGAGGAACAAAAAAUAUUACAAAGCCUUGGCAGAGGCAAUCCAAAUAAAGAGAGGGCUGGGAGAACCAGUCAAUGUUCUUGAUAUAGGCACUGGUACCGGGCUACUGUCCAUGAUGGCCGCUAGGCUGGGAGCAGACACUGUCACAGCUUGUGAGGCUUUUGAACCCAUGGCUAAAUGUGCUAGAGAGAUUAUUCAGCAGAAUGGUUUUGGAGACAAGAUCAGAUUAAUUCCAAAGCGAUCAACAGACAUCACAGUUGGUGAAGAUGGAGAUAUGCCAGAGAGAGCAAAUAUCUUGGUAACAGAAGUCUUUGAUACCGAGCUCAUUGGAGAAGGAGCUAUCAACACAUUUACACAUGCUCACAGGGAACUAUUGCAGAAAAACAGCAUUGUUGUCCCAUCAGCUGCUAACAUGUAUGUUCAAGUGGUCAGCUCAGAUUUCAUACGUCGAUGGAGGGACAUCAGACCCAUAAAGCUACCUGGGGGUGGGGUCAUUGACCCUCCUUCAGAAAUGACCAGCUGUGGAGGGGCACCUGCUCUCCAUGAUCUACAGCUCCAUGAGCUCCCACAAUCCUUGUUCCAAGUUCUUUCCAUGCCUCUCCAUGUCUUCAGGUUUGACUUUAGUGGAACUCAUCCCCUGAAAUUUGACAACCAGUCGUCAAAGACGUUUGAAGCCCUACAUGCUGGGCAGACAGAUGGGAUUUUCAUGUGGUGGGACCUAGAAAUGGAUACGAAGAACAAGAUCAACCUGAGCUGUGCCCCAGGGUGGGGUCACCCAAGGCCUGAAGAACUGCAGUGGCGUGACCAUUGGAUGCAGGCCAUUUAUUACCCCAACCAGCCUCUCUCAGUGCAGAAAGGUGACAAGGUCAAGGUUAUCAGUAGCCACGAUGAAUACAGUCUGUGGUUUAAUGUGCAACCAACUAACAGGGCUGAUAGCAGUGAUAACAUGGGACCAGCCUGUAGCUGUGGGAUGCACGUGUCCUACAGCAGGUCACAGAUUGGAAUGCUGAAUGAUCCUCACAGGCGCGACAUUUAUUACUCACUUUUAAAAGAGAAGGUUACUGAAAAUUCUAUUGUAUUAACUAUAUCAGAUGGAAGUCUGCUUUCUCUGGUGGCUGCUAGACUUGGGGCAAAACAAGUGUUUGCUUUGGAGACCAAUAAUUUCACCAGAAAAAUACUGCAGCAGUUUAUAAACCACAAUGACCUUGGUGGUAAGGUGACCAUUUUAAGUAAGGAGCCUGAGGAAAUAACAGAAGAGGAUCUACAGAGUUACAAGAUUGACCUAGUUGUUGGAGAGCCUUACUUCCAGUCCGCUGUGUUACCAUGGCAUCAUGUUCAUUUCUGGUACGCAGCCAGACAACUGUCUGGCUUUCUCAGCGAGAAGGCAGAAGUGUUUCCACAGUUGCUGACCAUUAAAGCAAUGGCUGUCAGUUUCCGGGACCUAUGGAAGAUCAGAUCACCAGUGGGGAUGUGUGAGGGUUUCAACAUACAGCUGUUUGAUCAACUGAUUGAGAGCUCCUCCGAGAUAUCAGACAGCGAGGUGGAGCCCCAGCCCCUGUGGGAGUACCCCUGUACAGCCUGUACUGACCCGGUCACGGUCCAGUCGUUUGAUUUCAGUGAGGCAUCAUGGGUAGACAACACGUCACAGUCGUCCAACAUCUCCAUAACUCUGGACCCCUCGAUAGAUGAAAAGUGUAAUGGAGUUGUGUUAUGGGCAGAGUACCAGUUCACGGACCAGUUAAAAGUUUCUUUGGGGCCACGGGAAAAAGUGAUUGUAGGAGAGAAAGUGGAGUGGGACUUUUACAGUAAACAAGGCAUCCAUCUUCUGACAAACAAAGGGAAAGAUUCUGUAGAGAAUCUCAAGACAAUUGACGUGUCUUUGACCUUUAAACCAAACACUGGCGAUUUUGACUUUAUAUUCAAGACUAAAACUUCAUAAAAAUUUACCUUGUAUGUUUUUUUUUAUUCUUAAAUUUCAGUGGUGCUUCAAUAUUUUCAAGUUUUUGGUACAUGUAUUAUUGAUUUUAUUGGUGUACUUUAUUCAAAGAGAAAAGGCGUUCCUGAUUGUUACAUUACUUAAUGCGAGUACAUUUAUGUACUAUUUUGAGCAAGAAUCAUGUUUUAAUGGGUCUUUUAUAUUCAAAGAAUGUCAAUCUAAUAAUUGGGUUUUGUAAUUUUCAACCUUCAUUAAAAUCAACUAUCGGUACAUGUA